AUGAAUCUCUGUGCGCAUUACACCAGGUCUUCAUUAAUCAUUCUUUAUGAUUAUCCAACGUUCGGUUUAUUUUACUGCCUUACGUGUGGUAUAUUCUCUUUAACAGCGAUAAUUGGAAAUUCCAUUGUGUUUUAUGCGUUUUGGAUUUCGGGCUCCCUGAAUCAGGCAUCAAAGAUGCUCCUUCUUAGUCUCGCAGCGUCUGAUCUUGGUAUAGGCUUGAUGGUUUUGCCACUGAACGCCGUUUUGAUGUCGCAGAUGUAUGGACUCUUGCGUAGUAAUAAAAUUGUCAAAGAUCAAAACGUGAUGGCAACAUGUCCUCUCCUCAAGGCGACGAUAUUCCUUUCUACCUUUUUCUGUGGAGCCUCGCUGAUGACUGUUGGAACCAUUUCAAUAGAUAGAUACCUUAGUCUGCUAUUACAUCUUAGAUAUCGUCAAUUAGUAACUUUGACGCGAAUUCGCACUGUCCUGGCUACUAUCUGGAUAACUUCUUUCCUGGCCGCAAUGUUAGAGACAUUACUGGCCUUAAAUGUUAUAAUUAACACCUCUGGAGUGGUGUUAGUUAUUUCAGUAGCCUCCUUCGCCUACUGGAAGAUUUAUACUAUCGCCCUUCGUCAUCAGAAUCAAAUUUGUGUUCAAGACGCUCAUCAAAAUCAAAUUUGUCAAUUAACACAGUUCGCGCGCGCCAAAAAGAUGGCAAUGAAAACCUUUUCUAUUUUUGUUGUGUUGGUGAUCUGCAACGCUCCUUCGAUUGUUACUAUUCCCAUGUUUCUGACUGCAGACUCCCCUUCAUCUUUGUUAAUUUUAUUUACCCACCUGUCCAUUUUUCUUAUUUUUUUUAAUGCUUCCUUAAAUCCAGUCGUGUACUGUUGGAAAAUUUCUGAGGUUCGCAAAAUUUGCGAGAAUAUUUUGAAACUCUUACUGUUUCGAAAAUUCCUUCAAUCGGGUCAUCGGUAG